UAAAAUCACAAUCCUUUAUUGAGAUUAACGGUCAAAUCAAUAGAUAAAAGAAAACUUAUUACAUAUUUAAAGAAUGAUGAAAUUUUUAAAAUUCAUUGUAUCAUAUGUUAUUCGGCCACUGUAACCGAAAUCAACCAUUUUUGGCGGAUGCUGUGUGUUUGUUUUGCUGACAACUAUCGAUUUUGUCAGACGCAGCAUCUUUAACUGAACGAAAAAGGCGCGUGGUGCAAAAUAUAUUAAUUGAUUAUAGAUCGUAGUGAUUAUAUUUGAGACUAUAUGAUGAAGCGACAGAAUGUCCGUACCCUUUCCCUGGUGGUAUGCACUUUCACCUAUCUUUUAAUUGGAGCCGCCGUGUUCGAUUCCCUGGAGUCACCAACGGAGGCCAAAAGAUGGGAAUUCCUACAGACCGUUAAGAACAACUUUGUUAGAAAGUACAAUGUGACUGACGAGGAUUUCCGUGUGAUGGAAAUCGUCAUCAUUGAAAAUAAGCCCCACAAGGCCGGACCUCAGUGGAAAUUCGCUGGAGCUUUCUAUUUCAGCACGGUUGUACUGGCAAUGAUAGGAUAUGGUCAUUCUACGCCAGUUACAAUUCCGGGAAAAGCAUUUUGUAUGGGCUAUGCUAUGGUGGGCAUCCCGCUGGGUCUGGUGAUGUUCCAGUCUAUCGGAGAACGUCUGAAUAAGUUUGCAUCCGUGAUAAUAAGGCGGGCAAAGAGAGCCAGUGGAGCUCGCUGUACGGAUGCCACCGAAAUGAAUCUCAUGUUGGCCACCGGAAUGCUCUCCUCCAUAAUAAUCACCACUGGAGCAGCAGUCUUUUCCCGAUACGAGGGUUGGAGCUACUUCGAUAGCUUCUACUAUUGUUUUGUCACCUUGACGACAAUUGGUUUCGGCGAUUAUGUGGCAUUGCAGAACGACCAAGCUCUAACUAAUAAGCCUGGCUAUGUGGCGCUGAGCUUGGUCUUCAUCCUAUUCGGCUUGGCCGUGGUGGCCGCCAGUAUCAAUCUAUUGGUGCUCCGAUUCAUGACCAUGCAAGCAGAGGAUGCCAAGAGAGAUGAGCAGGAUGCUCAGAACUUGGCUGGAAAUGCCCAGCCGGUGACCUUCGAUGAUGAGUCCACGUACAAUAUGCACGGCAAGCUGCUGGAGAACAACUACACAACGGAGAACGAUGAGACCGCCUCCCUGUGUUCCUGCACCUGCAUGGGUGGCACCAGGUGCCUGAAUCAUGAGCAGUUCGUGGACCCGGACUUUCAGCCUACCGACAUUAUCGAGAGCACCUUGUGCCUGAAGCGAGCCUCCGUCUGAUAUCCGUACAGCCAGCUGUGGGACUCCUCAUUGUAGGAGCCAGAGCCAAUGGAUCACCAAAUCGUAGUUACAAUCCUGUAGAGAACCAUCCGCCGCCAAAAUUUGGUUGUUAGACAAACCUUCCUCCCUACGUAGAUUUUUAAACCAGGAUGGGUCAUAAUACAUAUAAGUUUGGAGAGCAAGGUUAAUAGUCUUUAAAAGGCAGUUUUUGCUUAAGAAAUAAUCGACCCAUCCCAUUAUACACCCAUAUAAACAUUUACAAAGGAGUAAAAUCCAGGACAUCCAUGUCAAUAUCAAUCGUAUCAUCUGGUCGGUAGCCUUGGAAUCCUCUAUUGCUUCCAAGGCACCGCCAAAUCCAUCCCAUCUCGAAUUUUAGCCGUAUAUUCGUUUAUCUAUGUAAGUACUAUUAAAGUUUGUGCUCAAAACGG